AUGAACGAGAAAGAAAUUCGAAAUACAGGAACCAAUAGCAAUGCACACUGGAGGGUCGACGAAAAGUGUUUCAAGCAAAUAGUCAUAUUUUGUAUAAAGAAAACUUGCAAAAUGACAACUGGUAUUCCUUUCAACCUUCCUAAUAGAUGGAAUUGUGAAGAAAUACUGCAACAAAUUUCACGUUGGCCAAGGUAG